AAAAUUAAAAGAAAAGAGUGAAGGUCAACGAUAUAUAAUAUUGAGAAAAAGUCUAUAUUUAUAUGCCAGUGUAUAUUUUGGUGUUAAAAAAAAAAAAAAAAGUUUGCAUUUUUAUCAAAUAAAUAAAUUAUCAGAAUAUCGAUUCAAUUAAUUAUUAAAUAAUAAAGUUUUACUGAAAAUUAUAAUAGAAAUAUUUAUAACAUCAUGAACAAGGCAAUUCUUUAUUCCUAUUGGCGGAGUUCUUGCUCGUGGAGAGUGCGAAUAGCACUGAAUUUAAAAGAAAUACCUUAUGAAAUAAAACCAAUAAACAUUGUAAAACCUGAUGGCGAACAACACACUAAUGAAUUUCGAAAAAUAAAUCCAAUGAGCAAAGUUCCUGCUCUUCACAUAGACAAUCAAACGUUAAUUGAAUCAAUGAGUAUUUUGCAAUAUUUAGAAGAAACAAGACCGCAAAAUGCACUAAUGCCAAAAACACCCACUGAAAAAGCAAGAGUCAGAGAAAUUUGUGAAAUUAUUAUUAGUGGAAUUCAACCAUUACAAAAUGUUGGUCUCAAAAGUCAUAUAGGAGAUGAAAAUUGGUUAAAUUGGACACAAUUGUGGAUAAAUAAAGGAUUUACUGCAUUGGAAAAGAUUUUAUCUACUACUUCUAAUAAUUAUUGUGUUGGUGAUAAUAUCACUUUAGCCGAUUGUUGUCUAAUUCCACAAGUUUUUAAUGCCAAUACAUACAAAGUGAACGUGAAUUCAUAUCCAAAUAUUGUGAAAAUAAACCAAAAUUUAGAAAAUCAUCCUGCUUUUAAGGACACACAUCCUUUUAAUCAAUUGGAUUGUCCAAAAUCAGAAAAAUUAUAAAUUGUUUAAUUCUUGACAAAUUUUUUGUAAUUAAUUAAUUUUUCUUAAUUCUUUCUUCUUAGUAAUUAAAAUUUUAUUUUUAACAAAUUGAUUUGAUAAAAUAAAAAUGGGAAUUUGGAAUUAUUCAGAAAAUAAUAAUAAAAAGGAAUAAAAAUUGAUAUACAUAUUCUAUAUUUUUAUUAUAGUUUCGCAACUUUAAUAACAUAAUAAAAUAUUCAUUAACUUUUCUAUAUGUAUAUAUAUAUAUAUAUAUAUGUGUAUACAAAGACAGAAAAAAUAGGAAAAUAAUAUAGUUAACUUUCCAACAGCAAUAAAAUUUGUUUUUCAAUGAAACAUCUCAUUUUUUUAUUUACAUUUAAAUAAUUGUAAAUUUUUAAUUAAAUAUCGUUGUUUAUACAAUAAAUAAUCGUUUUAUUUUUCUAUUAUCUCCUUAAUCUAUUCUAUUAUAAUAAUAAAACUCUCUAUAUAGCGAAUAAAGAGAAAAUUGACAUUUUGGUCGAUUUUUUUUUCUACAUACGUUCUAAAUAUUUACCACUGAUGCCGUUCUGACCCUCAUACACUAUAUAUGUAUUUAUAAUGCUUAAGUUAAUCCCAAACGAGUAAUAGUCGACUACAUAUAUAUAUAUAGUAUAAGUAAACUUAUGUUAAACUUCUUUUAUUUUUCUUUUUAUUUUUAAACACGAUUUAAUUUUUUUCAACCUACCACUAAUUACCAACUUUCUAUUAUUCAAUUAUACAAUUUUUAUGAUGUCUUUUAAAAAAAAAAUUUUUACAUUUCAAUUAAACUUUCAAAUUAGUACAUAUUUUUAUAAGAGUCCAUUUAGUGCGAGGCUUUUUUUUUUUCUUUGUCAGAAGUGCAAUCAAUAGUACAUUUUUAAUCGUAAUUUUUUUUUACCCGUAAACCGCAUAUAGAAUAAACAGAGGAUCAA